CAUUGAUAUAUUCAGACAUGUUCUAACGCCAUCUAUUAAAAAUCGGCACGAACUUUCCGGACGACCCAAUACAUACGCAUUUGCGAGGAUUGCGAAAAGACUUUAAGCAUAAUGCAAAUUUUAUUGCGCUUGUUGCGAGAUUCAGUAAAUCUGUCUAUUCCUUCUACGCAGUAAGGAAACUUCCUGAAAAAUCGUUCCAAAUCUGUCCACGUAGGCCUUUGAAGAAACCUUUAUUAAGCGCGAAUCUAAAAUCAGGCGGCCGACGUGAUGAAGCGAUUCGUUACUUACGCCGACAGUCGGGAGAUUUAGCGCGCCACUUAGGAAGGUCAGCCUAGAGCCCCGCUCGCAUUCGUCUCCACUCGCGAAAAAUAUAUGCACUCGAAAUUUCUCGCGAGGAUCGACGACAGUGCCCGUCAACGAGAGUCGCCGAGCUCGCACUUGCGCACUCCCGCCUCGCUCUCGCUUUCGUUUUCUCCUUUCCGCUUUGUAGAGAGACGCGCUUACGCGGAUUGGCUUUCAUCGAGCCGCAUCACCGCACGCUUGCGCGAGAUUUUCGAGGCGAGCUUUCGAGUCCCGUCCGAGUCGCACCGCGGAUCGGGGCACGUGGAGUCUCCUCCGCGAUCUCGCGUCGGAAAAAGCUCCGCCGUGCUUUCCGCCGAUUUUUCGCGCGCCCCGUGCGGAAAUGUCGCGCAAAACUUGCACGCGACUGUCAAGAAAAAAGAAUAGCGAGGUCGGAUUGCGAGCGCGAUACGAGACAUCGACAGUUCUAAUAUUUCUGCGCGUCACGCGCGAACACGUUAGCCGCCGUUUGUCUGUUGAUACUAAUAGUGCGAGCGAGUGAAGUAAAAUUGAUAGUAUUGAAUAAACGUUUUUAUACUGGAAUUGAAGAAAACUUUCUUGAAAUAAUCGCGUUAAUGGAACAGAGCGACGACUUUAAAAAUGAAAGAAAAGUAGCUUCAGCGACGUAGGGGGAGAAAUUAGAAGUGACGAUUCCAAGGAUCGAGGAAGGAUAAUCCAUGCGUCGUCACAAUCGGAUUGUAUCGAGGUCGGCGAUUGAAAAUCCUCCGUGAAUCCCGAGGGACUGUGUUCUGAGUCAUGCACUGAUCCAACAGUUAAAGCUGCUCGACUGCUUGUCGUGCUUUGUUGUCGGGAAUAUCGGGCGAGAAGAUAGUGAUUGCAUUUCUUUUACGCCUAAGAAAUGAGCCAGAGUGAAAGGAGAGCCGUGAGACACGGUCCUAAAGAUCCACCCCCGCCGCCGCCGCCGCCGCCACCCCCUUUGCCGAAGCUUCCGGCUUUCUCGCAUCAAAAGCUCUUCAAGAAAUGCAAGAGUGCCACGUUUCAGCUGGAUGGCGCGACGUACACUAUAGUUGCAUCUCCGCCGGACAGACGGGUCACGAGGGAUGAUAUCGGGGUGGCCUCGGCCGGUGUAGCGGCGAACGCGAACAACGCGGCUGCUACCGGCUGCACCAGCGCGAGCGGCGCGACGUCCACGAGACCACGCCAUCCCUCCACCUCCCCCGGUCGGAACGGCCAACUCUCCAAACAAGGCACUUUGACGAUAGUACGUCGGAGCUCUGGCAAAAGCAGAACCGCCAGCGGUGGGAGUUUCGAAAGUUCCCCGCCGCCGCACAAUCCCGACAACCCCUAUUUAUCGAGCCAUUCCGUUGAUCUCGAAGAGAUCCUCGAUAAUGUCGAUCUUACGACGGACUCGCUUCCUGCCGUUGACACUCCCGACGCGUGCGACAAAGCUGCUCUCAGAUUGAGGUGUUUAUUGAGGCAGCUACAACAUGGAGAGAUAUCCGCCGAACUACUCCAACGAAACUUGCACUACGCAGCUCGCGUACUCGAAGCUGUUUUCAUCGACGAGACCAAGGUGAGUUCAGGCGGGAAUGAGUGCGCUCGGUCAUCACGUAGGGGGGCGGGCCUGACGUCUUCAUCCCUAGGGGGCACCUUGGACUCGGACGGACCACAGGGCCACGCGGUGGUAACCCAGAAACGGAAGCUUCGCACCCCCGUAUGGGCAAGGCGACUGGCGGACGAAGACGACGAGCUGUCGGAAGUGCAGCCGGACGCGGUCCCGCCGGAAGUGCGCGAGUGGCUGGCGUCGACUUUCACGAGGCAGCUCGCCACCACCAGGCGGAAAGCGGACGAGAAACCGAAAUUCCGCUCGGUCGCCCACGCUAUCAGAGCGGGCAUAUUUGUCGAUCGGAUCUACAGGAGGGUCACGAACACCGCCCUCAUGCAAUUUCCGCCGGAAGUCGUGAAAGUACUUAAGACUUUAGACGACUGGUCGUUCGACCUGUUUUCCUUGAACGAGGCCGCUCUGGGCACGCCGGUGAAAUACCUGGGCUACGAUCUCCUCAAUCGAUACGGUAUGAUACACAAGUUUAAAGUAUCACCCGCAGUUUUGGAGUGCUUUCUUGGAAGAGUCGAGGAGGGUUAUUGCAGGCAUCAGAACCCAUACCACAACAACCUACAUGCUGCCGACGUUGCGCAAACGAUGCAUUACAUCCUGUGUCAGACGGGCUUAAUGAAUUGGCUGACCGAUCUCGAAAUUUUCGCCACCCUCGUGGCAGCGAUUAUUCAUGAUUACGAGCACACUGGGACCACAAACAAUUUCCACGUAAUGUCCGGCAGCGAUACAGCGCUCCUGUAUAACGAUCGGGCGGUACUGGAAAAUCACCACAUCUCGGCUAGUUUCCGGAUACUUAAAGAGAAUGACUGCAACAUAUUGCAGAACCUGUCAAGAGAGGAAUUUCGAGAAUUCCGAUCGCUCGUGAUCGACAUGGUUCUCGCAACCGACAUGAGUUUUCAUUUUCAACAGUUAAAGAAUAUGAAGAAUUUGCUAAGUUUAGCAGAGCCAAGCGUGGAUAAAAGCAAAGCCGUUAGUUUGGUCCUCCAUUGUUGCGACAUUUCGCAUCCCGCUAAAAGAUGGGAUCUUCAUCACAGGUGGACGAUGCAACUUCUGGAGGAGUUCUUUAGGCAAGGUGACAAGGAGAGAGAACUCGGAUUGCCGUUUUCUCCUCUGUGCGAUCGCAAUAACACGUUGGUAGCCGAAUCUCAAAUAGGAUUCAUAGAAUUCAUCGUCGAACCUAGUAUGCAAGUUUGCAGCGACAUGCUGGAAAUCGUCCUUGCGCCGUUCACUGUGAAGGAAGCUACGGGAGACGAACCCAGCAACGGUUCGAGUGCAGAAAAUAGGAGAUUCAAAAUUGGCAAGCCCUGGAUCCCGUGCCUCGCUGAAAAUAAAAGGAUCUGGAAGGAGCAAGCCGUUCGAGAUGCGGAAGCGAAAGCGCAAAAGGAGCAAGAACAAAAAGCCAGCGAUAAUCGCGAGGACAGCGGGGGAGUGCAGGCGGCCGCCGAGGAAUGAAAGAUACAACGGGCGAUCAUAUUUCUGAAGAGUCUCUGUAAUUUUAGGCGACGCGGACGCUUGUGAUUUCAUCGGGUGGCGUCUAUCAUAAGCUUAUUGUGGACUCUUUAUUACGCUUACGAAAGUGUCAUUCGGUAGUACAAAUAGACGUAUGUAUGUCGUACACAUUUAGAUGAGUGGAAACGACGAUUUCCGUAAUACGUUGAAGAAUAGUUGGUUUAGAUUGGCACCAAAGGCCCGUAUUUAUAUCCCUCUGCUCUGGUAGAACUCUCUUCGCGUAGAUCAAUCUCAACUAAUUGUGUUUUACGAUUCACGCGAUAAUAUGCGUAAAAUCACCUGAUCUCGUUUAUAGUUGCUUCGUUUUCCAAGAUAAUCACCGUCGAUGUAAAUGAUUGGACAUUUCCUGUCAAUUUGCAAGAUUUUUAUUCGCGCUUACGUUAGUGCAAAAUAUUGUUUCCGUUAGUAUUUUACUAAUAUUUAAAUAAGAUAUUUUUAAUUCUUAAUUUAUAACUGAAAAUUCUGUUAAAUGUUUUUUAUAAGCGAGAGGAUUGUAUAUAAUGCGAUAAGAUAAUCCUUUUGAAUAGAUAUGAACUAUGAAAGACACACACAUUGUAAAAAAGAAAAGCGUAGCGGUUCGAAGCGCAAUCGAGCGUCGAGCGAUGGAAAAAUGAAAAUUUUCCUAAUAUCAGCGAACGUUCAGUGGAAACGGAUAUGUCGGAAAACUAUUUCAAAGUACAUUUGAUUUCUUUUAACGCGGUACAAGCGAUUAUCACUUAAUCCAAGCGAGCAAGGUCUGCCUAUUGGCUGUUAAAUACUGGACUGAUUCAAUAUUCGAAGAAUAUCGAAUGCAUUUCUCCGAAGAUGUAUUUAACUUGAUUUCUCUAGACAGGCAGAGAAGCAAUAAUCAGUAAUACGUAACGAUUAAAUUUUCCUACAAAUAAACUCACGCUUUAAACUAAUUACAAUUAUCGAUGGUGAUUAUAGGACAAAACUUUAUCGGACAAAAACAUUAGAAAUUUCACGUAAAUAAUUUUCUUCGUCCGCUACCGACAAACGUCGCACAAGAGCAUAAGUAUUGCACAAGGAUCUUGUUUUUUAACACUCUUGUUCAAUCAUUUUUACGUAAAUGAGUAAGACUCCGCGAAUAACGCGAAACCUCUGCGUCCUUGAUGCGGUCUCUGCAGACGCAGAAUGCGGGGUGUCACGUUGGCACUUUGCAACGUGUCGCUUGGGACCGGGAGCGUGGCUUGCACGAGAUCGUUUACGUGUUACUUAAUUAGCCGUGAGAGAACGGAAUCGUAGAAACGUCCUUGUAUAUAUAUCGUAUAUAAUAUUCGUUAGAUGUGUAUCCGUAUACACGUGUACUGGUGCAGCAGCUUUAAUGUGUAUGUAUGUAAUGUAAAAAAGAAGAACAAUUAAUUAAUUAAGUGCGGCUACUGUUUAAUUGACGUAUACUAUAUUUCCAUGUACGUGUACGUGCAUACACGCGCAUGCCCGUGUACGUACCUGGGCAAAAAAGAAAAAACGUUAUUUUGUUGGACUUUUCGCGAUGUUGCGGCCGUAGAUACGCGCGCGUGCAACGAUGCGCACGUCCGUACGUAAGCUUGUAAUUAAACAUAUCUGUGAGUGAGUGCGCGUCGUGAUUGCGCGCGUUAAUUCUUGACACGAUGAUGAAACAAUCAUGCGUGUUAUCAUGUCGACGCAUUGUGUCAUCCCAUACUAUGCGUAUUAAGGGAAUCGGAGCCUCCGGUGCCGUCACAAAUUUUUCGAUCACAUUGGCCUUUUCCGAUUUUCAUUGUACUCACAAAAGGUGCUGCUAUUUUUCUUGCAAGUCUCACAUUGUGAUUUAUAGAUGAAUAUAUACGUACAUAUAUAUAUA